GAAGAAGACAAAAAUCAGAGAAUAUAGAGUCCAUUAUGAGUGAUGAGUGAUUGAGAAUCAUCAGCUCCAACUCCAUCUUUGUCUUAAAUUUUGGCCCAACUCAAACUCUUCUUCUUUUUUCUUACAACUUUCCGAGGACGCAAACACGUGUCCAGCAGGUCAAGCAGAAAAGUAACACGUGUAAAACACGUGGCUCAUAAAUCUGCACGAUGUUCACCAAUCACAAAACCCACACUUAUCUCAUUUCUACAAACACUACACUAUAAAAGAAGACCAAGCUCUCCAACAUCAACACGAGCAAAUAUCCAAAAACUUGUACAACAAAACAUCAUCAUCAUCAUCAACAAAAUUCGAGAUAAAAUCCCAAAACAUUGAAGAUGGUUGGAAUUGGAGUUCCAAUUUGCGUGGAAUGUGGAACGAGGAGCAACCCUUGCCGGUGCAAGGUGGUGGGGCCGACACUGGGGUUCGUGGCGUUUGCGGCGGCGGCGGUGGUUGAGUGGCCGGUGGGAGCUCUUGUCUAUUGCUUUCGCCAUUCAAAGGGUCGUAAAAUUAUGGGUCAUCCCGCUUCCGUCAUAUACCCUUCAGUCACCAAUGCCAUUCCCAUCUAAUCAAUUAUGUAUUAUUAUAAAUACAUAUAAUCUUUAUUCUAUGAUUUUCGGUAUGUUAUUUGUGACUCUAUGAUUAAUAUCUGUUAAUCAUAUAUUUAAUUUUGUAUCAAUACAUUAUAGAUGUAUAUUUAUUAUAUUUAUUAACGUUUUA